UAUUCUCUCUGCUAACUUUGCCAAACUUGGUCAAGAAAUUGACGAUGUGAUUACCUCUGGCACAGACUUAGUGCAUUUUGACGUGAUGGAUAACCAUUAUGUGCCUAACUUAACGAUUGGCCCAUUGGUCUGCGAGGCGAUUCGUGAAGUUUCAAAAAAAGUAGGCGCGCUGAUUGAUGUGCAUUUAAUGGUGAAGCCAGUUGACCGUAUUAUUCCUGACUUUGCAAAAGCAGGCGCUAAUAUUAUUACUUUUCACCCAGAGGCUUCAGAGCAUAUUGACCGUAGCUUGGCGAUGGUACGCGAUUUAGGCUGCAAAUCUGGCUUAGUAUUUAAUCCCGCGACACCGCUUAACUACCUAGAUCACGUGAUGGAUAAAGUAGAUAUGAUUUUACUGAUGUCGGUGAACCCUGGCUUUGGCGGUCAAAAAUUUAUUCCAGAAACUCUAGAGAAACUAAAGUUAGCUCGCGCACGUAUUGACGCGUAUUACCAAAAAACAGGCCGCCAAAUUUGGUUAGAAGUAGAUGGCGGCGUAAACGCACAAAACAUCAUUGAAAUUGCGCGUGCAGGUGCAGAUACUUUUGUAGCGGGUAAUGCGAUAUUUACCAAAGGGCUUGAUACUGAUAAAAACCGCUACAAUACUGUGGUGGGUGAAAUGCGUGCAGCACUGGCAACUGUGAUGUCGCAGUUUCGUGUUAAAGCCGUCAUGUUUGACCUUGACGGCACUUUAAUAGACACUGCGCCUGAAAUUGCUUUUGCUGCUAACCAAACACUGGCAGAUUUAAAUCUGCCAGUAUUGCCUAAAGAGCAAGUGACAAACUACAUAGGUGAUGGCGCACAAGUCUUAAUUAAGCGUUGUUUAACUGGUAGGUUAAACGCAGAGCCAGAUGGUGAGAUGUUUGAGCAGGCGCAACAUUUGUUUUUUGCGCAUUAUGCCAAUAACGUGAAGCAAAGCAGACCGUUUGAUGGUGUACUGGAAGGCUUGCAAACAGUUUGGCGGCGUGGUUUUAAGUUGGCAUGUGUGACCAAUAAGCCAGAAAAAUUUACUUUGCCUUUGUUGGUGCAAAGUGGUUUGGCGGAUUUUUUUGAUUGUGUGGUGUCUGGCGAUAGUUUAGAGAAAAAGAAGCCUCACCCAAUGCAACUGCAACAUAUUUGCCAAAAGCUAGAUGUUCCUGAGUAUGAGGCAAUGCUAGUCGGAAAAAUCAUGCUACAAACCAUAUCAAAAACAGAAUUUGAUGCAUUAGCUAAACAAGGCUACAACCGCAUUCCAUUGGUGCUAGAAACCUUUGCAGAUCUUGACACGCCGCUUUCACUUUACUUAAAACUCGCGAAUACCCCGUUUUCAUAUUUACUUGAAAGUGUGCAAGGUGGUGAGCGCUUUGGGCGAUAUUCUAUUAUCGGCUUGCCUGCAAAAACGCGGAUUGUGGCACUUGGCUUUAACGUCAAGGUGAUACAAGAUAACGUAGAGAUUGAAACUGCCGAAAACGUCAACCCACUGGAUUUUGUAAAGCAAUAUCAAGCACGCUUUAAAACCCCGCCCUAUCAAGGUUUACCGCGGUUUACAGGUGGGCUAGCAGGAUAUUUUGGCUAUGAAACCAUUCGUUAUAUUGAAAAGCGCUUAAGUAAAACUGCCAAGCCAGAUGCCAUUAAUACACCUGACAUGCUACUAAUGGUGUCUGAAGAAAUUGCCGUAGUAGAUAAUUUAAGUGGCAAACUUUAUUUUAUUGUUUAUGCAAACGCUACAGAGACUGAUGCUUAUGAAAACGCGCAUAUUCGCUUAAAAGAGUUAGUAGGGCUGUUGCGUAAAACCGUUGCAAUACCACAAGCGAAUGCUAGCGCAAAAUCUCUGGCAACAUCCGAGUUUGGUGAAGAAAAUUUUAAAGCCGCUGUUAAAAAGGCUCAGACCUACAUUUUAGAGGGCGACAUCAUGCAAGUGGUGCUUUCGCAACGUAUGAGCCAGCCCUUUGAUGCGCCACCGCUCUCGCUUUAUCGCGCAUUACGUAGUUUAAACCCAUCGCCCUAUAUGUUUUAUUACGAUAUGGGAGAUCACCAUGUGGUUGGCGCAUCGCCCGAGAUUUUAGUUCGUUUAGAAGAUGGUACAGUGACUUCACGCCCCAUUGCUGGUACUCGCCCGCGUGGCAAAACCCGUGAGCAAGAUUUAGCACUGGCUGAAGAGUUGUUAGCUGAUCCAAAAGAGCGCGCUGAGCAUGUGCAACUGAUGGAUUUGGGUCGUAACGAUGUAGGUCGCGUCGCGCAAACUGGUACCGUUAAAGUCACAGAUAACAUGAUGAUUGAGCGUUAUAGCCAUGUUAUGCAUAUUGUGAGCAAUGUUGAAGGUAAGCUCAAACCGAAUAUGGAUGCUAUUGAUGUGCUUAAGGCAACAUUCCCCGCGGGCACUGUUAGCGGUGCGCCAAAAGUGCGUGCGAUGGAAAUUAUUGAUGAAUUAGAGCCUAGCAAGCGUGGUAUUUAUGCGGGUGCAGUUGGCUAUUUAGGUUUUAAUGGCGAUAUGGAUGUGGCGAUUGCAAUUCGCACAGGCGUUAUUAAAAAUAAAACACUGUUUGUACAAGCUGGCGCAGGUAUUGUGGCUGAUUCUAUUCCACAGUCAGAAUGGGAUGAAACUCAAAACAAAGCUAAGGCGGUACUACGCGCAGCUGAAAUAGUGCAGGCCGGUUUAGAUAGUGAAGGGGCAGAA